AGAGAGAGAGAUCCACAAUCAUUCACAGACAGGCAGAGACAGAGAGAGAAAGAAACGAAGAAAAGGUGAACCCUAAAACCCCGUGAGCGCCCCAACCCCCAACCCAACCUGCAACCCAUUCCAGCGGAGGCGAUUCCCGGCGUCCAGCUUGCCAACCCGGACGCCUCACUCUGCCUCGCCGAACAGCUUGCCUCGGAGGCCAACGUCACGCUGUGCGCCUUCCUCAAGCCGACGCAAGCCGACCUCGAGGACCAAGUGACAGUCUUCACACUCGUCCAGAACGGGACUGUCAUGACAGCAAGCAUUAAUGAGUCGGUGUUGAACGUGCAAUAUGCUUCGACGAUGUACAGAUCUGACGACCCUUUCCUGCCCAACGAGUGGCAUUACGUGUGUGUGUACUACGACCCUAAGGAUGAGAAGGUGAGGAUGCACAUGCGAGGGAAAGACAGCGGCCUCGUGAAGGCACCUUGGGAGGCGGAGAACGCCACGGCCGACGAGGCGGACGGCGAGGACGCUCUCUGCCUGGGUUCCUUUGGCGAGUCCCCGGCCUUCGGCGGCGCCAUCCUGGCCUUCUCCGUGCAGUCCUGGGAGGCGGACGCGGGCGAAGAGCCCAUGCCCUUCCGGGCAGCUGACUGCACCGCCCUCUCGCCCAGCGACUCCCUCGUCACCCUCGACUCGGCGUGGACCGAGUCCGGGAGCGUGAGGACGUUCGACGUCGAGCCGGAGCAGAUCUGCUCCGAGGCGUACACCAAGGUCCUCGUCAGGCUCUUCGCGGGGCACCUCCCUCACGCAGAAACGUGCAGGAGGCUGGACGGCCGCCUCCCGACGGAGAGCGAAGUGGAGAGCUCCGUCCUGAAUGUCUCCAGCGAUCUCGCGCUCAACUGCUCCAAUGCCAAGAACGUCUCCCUCUGGCUCGCCGGGCCGAAGCCGAGCCAUGAAGUGACGGCAACCUGCACGGCCUUGCUCGCCAACGGCAGCGUCGCGUCCUACCCGUGCAUUAGCGAGGUGACGUGCAGCAUCUGCUUCGUGCCAGCGAAGAAAAGGUUCACGGUCUACGGGCCCCUCGAAAUCUUCGACCACCACUACACCCUGACUGUGGACGCCGAAGGCGCAGCGCAGUUCGUCGGCGACGUCUCGACGAUACAGCGAGACGAGGACGGCUGGCUCCUGUCGUCGGACCUCCACGUGCAGACGAUGCGCGUGGCGGGGCCGCUGCCAGUGGGCAGACACAGUUGGUUCUCAAGCCUCAAGAACAAGAAUAUGACCCUGACGAUGACCUCCUGUGGGCCUGAGCAGUACUCCUGCGGGGACAACACCUGCAUCGAGCGAGCCGCCUUCUGCAACACCAUCAGGGACUGUCGCGACGGGAGCGACGAGAGCGCGUGCAGCCCCGUGCGCCUGCCUCCCGAGUACGACAAGAGCAAAAACCCGCGCCUCGGCAGCAGCUCGCAGGGCCACCUCACCUACAGCGUGUACUUGUACGCGCUGAGUGACAUCAAAACUAUCGAAGGGAAAGUCACCCUGGAUAUGAAUAUCUACGUCACCUACAAGGACGAGCGGAUAACCUACUGGAAUCUCAGAGACUUCGAGCAGCAGAUUGACUGCGAAGAAAUCUGGCACCCUGAGUUCAACGCUAUCGCUGGCAGAACCACGGGCCUUGCGUAUCCAAUGGACGUCUACGACAAAAUAUGUGGCGUUUAUGGAUCGUCUGCCGGACAAAUUCGCUCUCUUGAUGAUCCCUUUAUGGUGGAUGAUGCCACGAAAUUUGGACGUCGAGCAUUUGAAACCACUUUUAUGGAAUACGUUCUGGAGAAACACGCAAUCUUCCACACGCAGAAUACUGGCGAAAAGGUGUUGAUUAUAUUGUCUGAGAUUAUAUUCAUGAUCCCUACUGUUUACACCCAAUGGUCCCUCAUCCGGGUCUCCGAGGCUCAGCCCAGAAAGGACGAAGAGAAUUUGCAAUUAAGGUUGCCAUUUACACAGAAUUCUAGGGAAGAGACCAAAGAGUGA